AUGGCCACAAAAACCGACUUCUCAACCCCCGACAUACCUCAAUCCACCGCUACAUUCUACGUCUCAGCCUGCACACGCAUCAACGCCCCUGCAAGCCUGGUCUUCCGCACCCUGCGCAACACCGAGACCUGGAAAGAUUGGAAUCGCUGGAUCCCGCGUGUAGCAAUCACGUUUCAACCGGAUGACGAAGAUGACGCCACGCUAGCCGAAAUCGAGGAGUUGGUGAGAAACACUUCCAUCGCGGUGAAUUUUGAUUCCGACAUCACCGACGGAGCAGUUAUGCCCGGCCCGCCAGUCGAGCACUCUACGGCGUUUAGGAGGGGAAGCGGCGGUGGUUUGAGUGUAGGGAACGGAGGUGCCAGACGCUCACAUAGCAUUGAGCGGCCAAGUAGCCCACCACCCGUGACAAGGCAAAGGUUAGCCAGCAAUGCCAGCAGGUUCUCGGGAAUCUCACAGAACAGCGUGGACGGGCCCUCACGAAACAACUCAACCACAAAUGCCAACGGCACUGGUGCGUUGUCCGCAGCCCAAAAGUAUCAAGCCGCGACCGAAGCACGCAGGGCGUCCCUAUCCUCGGGCCAAUCACCUCCUCCACCUACAGACCAAACCACAAACGCCAAUUCCGUCCUGCUCGAGUCUCCCGGGAAUGCCUCUCUUCUCAUGCCAGCACCUGCCAAUACCCAAUCGACCGCCCUCGCGGCCAAAGCUUCGCGGCGCAAAUCCGCCACUAGCACCCAGCACCGGAGACAGCUACAUAUCAACGCUCUUUACGGCGAACCCUCUGUGCGGAUCCAGCUGGGUACCAAGAUGAACCUGUACAUGAGAAUAAAGCUACCCCACAGCCAAGAGAUGAGGGAACAGGGUGUCGUCGUUACCGAAGUCUCGCGUCCGGACGACCCGCAGGACGAACCCGGAAGCCGGGCUGCCGCCCUGAUGCGCACCCAGACGCAUACGACCUCGAUAUCCGGCGUGUACAGACUCGUGUGGACCAGCAUCAACUCCUACAACCCGCCCAAGAGCUACCCGCGUUUCUUGUUUCAUACGCAACGCGUCCACGAAAUCAGACCGUACACCAGCGGUGACGGCAAGGAAAUGUGCGAGUACUGGGACUGGGAGUGCCAAAAGGGCAUGUUGUCAAAGAGGAACAAGAAGGAGAGCGCGUACAUGGAGGAGAGGAUGGCGGAGUGGGGCAGAAGAUUGGGCGAGUUCUGCGAGAGCAUGGGCGGCGCGGUCGAGAGGCGGGAUUUCGUUGGAUGA